AUGUCGGUGAAUUACGCCGCAGGACUUUCUCCAUAUACGAAUAAAGGCAUCUGCGGCCUUCCGGAGGUGUUUUACAGUCCAGAGGAGCUGAAGGCUAAAGUGGAGACACUGGCUCAGUGGAUCAGGGAGUCGCAGUACAUGGUGGUGCAUUCAGGAGCUGGAAUCAGCACGUCGUCAGGGAUCCCAAACUUCAGAGGUCCUAAUGGAGUGUGGACGAUGGAGGAGAGAGGCGAGAUGCCUCACUUUAACACCACGUUUGAGGACGUGCGCCCCAGUCUGACUCACAUGGCGCUGCUGCAGCUGCAGAGGACAGGACACCUCAAAUACCUCAUCAGCCAGAAUGUAGACGGCCUUCACCUGCGCUCCGGCUUCCCCAGGGAUCGAUUGUCGGAGCUGCAUGGGAACAUGUUCGUUGAAGAAUGUGAGAAGUGCGGCAAGCAAUAUGUCCGGUACACUGUAAUUGGAGUGAUGGGUCUGAAGCCAACCGGACGCUACUGCGAUGUCACACGCUCAAGAGGACUCCGAUCUUGCAGAGGGAAGCUGAUCAGCACUAUAUUGGACUGGGAGGACUCACUGCCUGACAGAGACCUGAAUAGAGCUGAUGAAGCAUGUCAGCGAGCUGACUUGGCCUUGACGCUGGGUACAUCUCUUCAAAUUAAACCUAGCGGAGAUCUGCCUCUUCUAACCAAACGCACAGGAGGGAAGCUGGUUAUAGUCAACCUUCAGCCUUCCGAACAUGACAAACACGCCCACCCUUAUCCACAUGAGGUCAUGGGUCAACUGAUGAAGCUGCUGGGAUUGGAGGUUCCAGAGUGGGCGGGGCCAAUGCUGUGUGAACGCUCAGGUGGAGAACUGAACAUCCUCCCAUUCGGAGCCUGGAAAAAGGAAGUGAAGAUCGAGGAAAAUAAACACGCCGUCCCAAAGAAACGGAAGAAGAGAGAGCAGGAUGGCAAGAUAAACUGCAAGAAAGAUGUUAAAGUAGAAGAAGAGACUAAAGAAUCGGGGAAGGAAUCAGCGUUAGGACUAAUCAAAACGCAGAAGUCGUCCUGUGAGGCGUGUCCUUUAAACAGCUCCUCCCACAAUCCUACAAGUUUCACAAUCCUACGCAGAACUAGACAGACACUGAACAGCCCUCUUCUUAGAGCCGAAUCGCAAUCGGACAGAAACUGA